AUGUCCGCACUGCGGUACGUCACUAAGCUCCAGGGCCGGCGGCUUCUGGUCCUUGGGGGCAGCUCCGGUAUUGGUUUCAGCGUCGCCGAAGCGGCGCUCGAGCACGGCGCCGAUGUUAUCAUUAGCAGCAGCAACGAGGCCAAAUUGCGUAAGGCUGUUGACCGCUUGCGUACCGGCAUCGUCAACCCCGCGAUUCCGCUAGGUAGCGGGCCGGGUUCAGAAAAUCAAAGCAGUGGUAGCGGCACCCUGAGCGAGGAAUCGCCGCGCAUCUCUAGCGUCACCUGCGACCUGGCGAAUGCGGCCACGCUCGAGAAGAACAUCGCAUCGGCGCUCGAGUUGGCCACGGCCGGACGCACAUGCCUACUGGACCACGUGGUUUUUACUGCCGGCGCACCCUUGAAGAUUGUCAAGGUGCCCGACGCGACUGUGCAGGCCGUUCAGGACACCAACCUUGUGCGCGUCGUUGCACCUAUCAUCCUGGCCAAGCUCCUUCCGCUCUACACGCACCAGUCGGCUGCCAGUUCGCUCACCCUCACCAGUGGCGUCACCACGAACCGGCCGACCCCUGGCUGGGCCCUUCUCGUCAGUGCUGGGGCGGCAGUCGAGGGCCUGGCCCGUGGUCUCGCCGUCGACUUGAAACCCCUUCGUGUGAAUGUUGUGUCCCCUGGGGCGGUCCACACCGAGCUGUUUGCCGACAUACCCGAGGAGAGGUUGCAGUCGGUCCUCGAUACGUUCAAGACAAAUUCUCUCACCGACACAGUGGGUACACCGGGGGAGCUCGCUGAGGCCUACCUCUACUGCAUGAAGAACACGUUCGCUACCGGCAGUGUUAUUGUUGCAGAUGGCGGUAGACUGCUUGUUUAA